UAACGUUGCCCCUCAGCCCCCCCCCCGCUUCUCUCCUCUGCGCGCGGCGCGGCUCGCAGGCAUGGCCUCCGAGGAGGCGAAGAAGGAGCCGGCCGCGGACGUCGAGAUGAAGGAGGAGGCGAAAGAGGAGGCCAAGGAAGAGGUCAAGGAAGAGGCCAAGGAAGAGGCCAAGGAAGAGGCCAAGGAGGAGGCCAAGGAGGGUGAGCCCAAAGAGGAGGCAAAGGAGGAGGCCAAGGAGCCCGAGAAGCCCAAGGAGCCCGAGAAGCCCAAGGAGCUCGAGGAGGACGCCCCAGAGGACACGAGGCCGCAGGUGGACGCCAGCGCGGUGGCCGUCAGCGCCGUGGACACGACGCUCAACGUCAUGCAGGCGUGCAAGGGCAAGCUGCUCAUGACCCUCACGGAGGGGGGCUGUCAGUACCUCCUGGCCGGCGCGCGGGCAACGGCGGGCAUGAAGGCGG